AUGGGGCUGCGCAUAGUCACAUGGAACGGUCAUCAAUGGCAUCAGGUUGGCUUCCAAUCGAACAAUUUCCUAGGAGAAAAGUCUAACGUCUCAGGAAUCCAUUCGGAUAUCAGCCAUGGCGAGAGAAGCGCCAUGUUCGAAAUCCUCGAAGCAGACAUUGUGAUCAUGCAAGAGACAAAAAUCCAACGAAAAGAUCUCCAAGACGACAUGGUCCUCGUACCCGGCUGGGACGUACACUUCAGUCUCCCCAAACACAAAAAGGGAUACUCCGGCGUGGCAAUCUACACUCGCACCGCAACGUGCUGCCCCAUCCGCGCAGAAGAGGGCAUAACCGGCAUACUCACCCCACCGAACUCGUCCACAAGCUUCCGUGACCUGCCCCCUGACCAACGCAUCGGCGGGUACCCCCGCGCGAACCAGCUGCCCGGCGAAGUCGAUGAAGCGACCCUCGACUCCGAAGGCCGCUGCAUGGUCCUCGAGUUUCCGGCCUUCGUGCUGAUCGGCACCUACAGCCCGGCCACCCGGGACUCGUCCCGCGACGACUUCCGCUUGGGCUACCUGAACGCCCUGGACGCGCGGGUGAGGAAUCUCGUGGCGGAGGGAAAGGAGGUCAUCCUGACGGGGGAUCUGAACGUCAUCCGCGAAGAGCAGGAUACGUGCAACUUGCGAGAGGUCCUUCGCAAGGAGGGCAUGUCGGUGGAAGACUGGAUGGAGAUGCCGUCCCGCCGCUUGUUUAACCAUCUCGUUUUUGAUGGUGACAUCACCGGCGAGAGGGACGAAGGAAGGGAGAAGCCUGUGCUCCACGACCUGACACGGAUAUUCCACCCCAAACGUCAGGGUAUGUUCACGUGCUGGGACACCAAGAGGAACACGCGGCCGGCGAACAACGGUAGCCGGAUAGACUACAUUCUCUGCUCCACGGGGAUCAAGGACUGGUUCACGGGUUCUAAUAUCCAGGAAGGACUGAUGGGGUCCGAUCACUGUCCGGUAUACGCGACCAUCGGUGACACGGUCUCAGCAGAGGGCAAAGAAACGCCGGUACUGGAUUUGAUGAACCCCAGCGAUAUGUUCCGGGAAGGCAAACGUCUACGGGAAUGGUCUCCGAAGGACCUCCUCCCCCUCUCUGCGAAACUUAUUCCCGAAUUUGACCGAAGGCGAAACAUCCGGGACAUGUUCAUGAAGAAACCCGCCCCAAAACCCACGCCUGCCGAUCCACCCUCGUCAGCCGCCGCCGAGGACGCCCCAACACAAGAAUCCGAACAACUUGUCAGCACGCCAUCCCAAGCGAGCGAUGUGCCUUCCUCGCAAUCUCAAUCCCUCCCCUCACCAAGCGCAACCAAGAUCGCCGCAAGCAGACCGAGCAACACGUUACCUCCCCAGACGAAUCUAUCCACGAAGAGGCAGGCAGAAGCGAGAGGACCUGUCACAAAACGAUCCACGAAAAGAACAAAGACGAAUGACACCGAUUCCUCGGGGACCAAGACAAACAACAAGCAGAGCACACUGACAGGCUUCUUCAAACCCAAGCAGCCGGUCACGGAGCCGGCUGGCGCAGCGGGGAUCGACGGCGAUGAAGGCAACAAGAACAAUGGUCCUGGGGACCGGUCACCGGAAGCGCAGAUGACCACAGGGUUGGACCGAUCUCUACCGGUGGCAUCGCAGGACCGUGCUGCUGUUGGCGUCUCUACAGAGAUCGGGUCCAUGUCCCCGGCAUCUCCUAGCAGCCAGACAAAGAAGUUGCCAGCAUUACCCCUGAAAACGUCGGCUAUCGAAACCGCUGAGAGGGUGUUUGAUCCUAUCGAGACCAAAGAGGCGUGGUCCAAGUUCAGCCUGGGCAAGAGGGUCGUGCCUAAGUGUGAGCAUGGGGAGCCUUGUAUUUCCUUCCAGACCAAGAAGCCGGGUAUUAAUUGUGGUAGAUCGUUCUACAUCUGUGCGCGCCCGUUGGGACAGUCGGGGGUGAAGGAGUCGGGCACGGAGUGGAGAUGCGGAACAUUCAUCUGGAGCAGUGACUGGAAGAAGGACCAGGCCCAGAUGUGA